AUGUCCUCAGAAGGCACGUCGCAAGCUGCCGCGACCGAUUCCGCCUCCGGUCCCGGUUCUGGUCCCGGUCCUCGACAGUCACGGACUCCCGAUCCGUCCACCGAUUCCGACCACGAACCCCCGGACUCGGGCCGGCAACGGUCGCCGUCACAAGGAUCUGCCAACACUUCUCGCCAUCGCGAUGUCGCCCCUCGCGAUUUCGUCCGGCUCUUCCAGUGUCAAAUCUGCUCAUUGCCCUUAGAUGAGCCCAUCAGCCUCCCCUGCGGUAAAAGUCUGUGCCGGCGCUGUUUACCAGGCACACAUAUGAGAACCAAUAUAACAUAUCCCGCCGCUCCAGACCGACUCCGUGGCUUUAAAUGUCCCUUUGAGGACUGCGGUAAGGAACACGCUAUUGGCGACUGCGCUAUCGAUGUUGUGCUCAACAAGGCGGCGCAACACGUGAGGGAAGAGAUCGAACGAUUUAAGAAUGAGUCCUCAACCACCGACCUGGCGACCAAGGUCAUGUGGCCCGACCCUUGGGCUGCUGCAGGCGUCUCUUCCAUGAGGGACGAUGAAGAAGCAUAUACAAAGGUGAUACCAGGUGGAAAGGUUAUCGCCACUUAUCGUCUCGCCGAAGAGGGUGACCUGUCUUAUGAAGCCGAUGUAUACUACGACGAAAUUACAUCGGCGACGCCAUCACCACCUUCUGAUGCUGAUGAUACAGGAAUCGUUCGAAAAGCGCAAGACGCCACUCGCGCUGAGAUGGACUGUCAGGUCUGCUACGCACUCUUCUACGAUCCUCUUACAACAUCUUGCGGACAUACUUUCUGUCGAUCAUGCUUACAUCGAAUUCUUGAUCAUUCACGGUAUUGCCCGAUAUGUCGUCGCCCACUGGCUAUCAGCCCCCUAUUAAGUCAAACUUCAUCGCCCUCAAAUCAGACUAUUAAGCGCAUCAUCGAAACAUUUUGGUUGGAGGAAGUUAACGCUCGAAAGGAGGCACUGGACGCUGAGCGUGUAGCUCAGAUGCAAGAUUACGACCUCGCACUCUUUGUAUGCACACUGUCGUUUCCCCAGAUGCCGACAUUCCUGCACAUUUUUGAGCCGAGAUAUAGACUCAUGAUCCGGAGAGCACUCGAAGGAGACCAUACCUUUGGUAUGGUCAUACCCAAACGACCCCAACAUCCUGGCGAUGCCAACUUUCACGAGCUCGGCACGCUUCUCCGCAUUGUCAAUGUCCAGUUCUUCCCAGAUGGUCGGAGUCUUAUUGAGACUGUGGGCCUGUCACGCUUCCGCGUUCUCGAGCAUAGCUACCUUGACGGAUACAUUGUUGGCAAGACUGAAAGGAUAGACGAUAUUAGCCUCGAGGACGAAGAAGCUGCCGAGGCUGCUGAAGCAACACCGAUAGAGACUGAGGAUCAGCAACCCUUGCAGGCCAUGGAUACUGUCAAGGAACCCACUGAACCAACACCGACAUCGCCAUUACCACGGUCUGAUUCCUCCAGUCCACACAUGCCAACCUCAGCUACCGAGAUCGACUCAAUGUCUACACAGAGUCUUGUGCGCUAUGCCUCAUCUUUCGUCGCGAGAAUGCGCCAACAGAGUGUCCCCUGGUUGACAGAACGUAUGUUGACUAUAUACGGCGAGUGUCCAGAAGACCCUGCCAUCUUUCCAUGGUGGUUUGCCAGUAUGUUGCCGGUCAAAGACAUUGAGAAAUACCGACUCCUGGGCACAUCCAGCGUACGAGAGCGACUCAAGAUAUGCUGCACGUGGAUCUUGGAAUGGGAGACAUCCAGAUGGUAA